AUGGUAACCACGGACUCUGAGCGGCUGGAUCGAGGCAGUAUGCUGGAAAAUGAAGCGUCAAAGAUCGGACUGCGGAUCAGCGCUGCCAAAAGCAAAGUCAUGCGGAGCGGUUAUGCCAGAGCGAAUACUCCAGUACUCGUUGGCCACAGCCCGCUUGAUGAAUUCGAUCAGUUCACGUAUCUCGGCAGUGUGAUAACACCAGACGAGACAUUCACACUAGGAGGAAAUGCUUUUGGAGCCGCUUGUCAGUUCCCUUUUAAGUUCCAUGAGAAGUGGUACGCCGAAUGCACUAAAGACGGUCGUACGGAUGGACAGCUGUGGUGUGCCACGGAGAGAGAUUAUGAUAAAGUGGGGAAAUGGGGAUUUUGUCCAACCAGAGUUGUAGCUCCCACUGCUCCCCCACAGCUUCCUGCAGGCUGUCCACAAUCAACAAGCAGGGGAACAUGGAUACCUUUCAGAGGCCAUUGUUAUUCCUUCUUCAGUUCAGUGACCAAUGACUGGGCCCACGCCUCAAUUGAAUGUAUAAAAAUGGGUGCUUCUCUAGUGAGUAUUCAGGACCCUAUUGAGAGUAAAUUUAUAGAAGAGAAUGUGGAGAUUCUCCAGCACAGUGCCAAAACCUUUUGGAUUGGCAUGUAUAAAACCCAUGAAGUUAAGUGGAUGUGGAUUGACAACAGCACUUUGGACUAUACCAACUGGAAAUCAGGAAUGGCAGAGUCAGAGUCGUGUGUGUACAUCAGUUCUGACACUGGUCUGUGGGGUAUGACAGACUGCAGAAGGUCAUUUCCUUACAUCUGCAAAACACCAAAAGCCCACGUCAUCAAGGAAACUACACAUGGGUCCGCUGGCAUCACCAUGGCUAUAGUAUUAUUUGUAAUCGCCAUAGUUGGACUUGGUGCCUUCCUCCUGUUCCGUAAAAGGAUAACUAGGAUACCUGCCCCCACCCUGGGAGAAUCCACCUUUGACAUCAAGUUAUACUUCAACAAUCCAAACCGAGCAGCGGUAGACACCAAAGGGCUGGUUGAGAACAUCGAGCAGAAUGAGCAAGCAUAGAAAGGCAGGAGAGGAUUGACAAUCAACCCCAUGAAAAUUAGAUUUCUGUCUUUAUUUCAUGCUUAUAUUGUGGAUCACUUUUCUGGAAACUGGAACUGCCUAUUGGUUUUUUGAGGAAUUUUUACGAUUUGUAUCAAAGACAGUUAUUACAAAUUAUUGGGUUUUUGUUUUUCACGAUAAUGUGAUAUGUGAAAUGUGUACAGAUUGUUUUGUGUUUUGUUUUACUUUUAUAAUCAACAUAAAGAAUGAUGAGAAUGACAAAA